CGCUUGCUUUUCAACCUAUGGAUGUAUUGGUCUCUUUUCACUUGUACUGGACGGAGCGGGCGAGUGCAGUGUCUCACCUCUGUACUGUGUCCCCCUUGCCUUGGUCAUGAUAUCUGUCGCUUUUGGAGAAUACUGAACGUGCCUCUGUUUCUAAACAGCUUUGUAUAAUGUACCGUCCUCAAAACGCUCGAGACUGAGCAGACGGGACUCGUCCAUUGCGUUUGGGAAGAAGAUUUUCUUCUGACAGAUGCACAUUUAUUUUUGAUUGUUUUGGACCUGAAACGUUGGACUGUGUUGUCGUUUUAAGAAUCGCCAAUACACCGCUCUUGGGCAAGUUUGAUGUCCAUUUUACGCAUUUAACACGACAGGCUGCGGUGGUCACGGUCACCCUAAAGGAAGGGUCUCCUUCCACUCCCCCUCUCACACCUACACAUACACUCCCUCGGACACACACACACACACACGCAGGAUGAGGGAAGCCUGGAGAUGCCUGCUGGGGCUUUGCCUCCUGGCAUGCUCCGCCUCUCCCGCCUCUCCUAACGGUGCUGCCAAUCCCUUCGCUGGGCAGCAGACACCCCCAGACCCAUGCUAUGACGACGCGGGCGCUGCCCGCCGCUGUAUCCCCGAGUUCAUCAACGCCGCCUUUGGCAAGGAGGUGGCCGUGUCCAGUGUGUGCGGCCGGCCGACGCCGUCCCGCUCUUGUAGUGUGGUGGAGCGCGGUGAUGAGCGGCCCUCAGUGCGCACCUGCCAGAUCUGCGACGCGGCGGACCCGCGGCGUGCCCAUCCGCCCUCCUACCUCACUGACCUCAACUCGGCCCACAACCUCACCUGCUGGCAAUCGGAGAACCUGCACACCUCGCCGCACAACGUCACCCUCACCCUGUCGCUGGGCAAGAAGUUUGAGAUCACCUACGUCAGCCUGCAGUUCUGCUCGCCCCGCCCUGAGUCACUGGCCAUCUACAAGAGCAUGGACUAUGGCAAGAGCUGGACGCCUUACCAGUACUACUCGUCCCAGUGUCGGCGCAUGUACAACCGGCCCAACAAGGCGGCCAUCACCAAGCAGAACGAGCAGGAGGGCCUGUGCACCGAUGGCCACACCGACCUCUACCCUCUAUCCGGGGGGCUCAUUGCCUUCAGCACUCUGGACGGGCGGCCCUCCGGGAAGGACUUUGACAACAGCCCUGUGCUCCAGGACUGGGUGACAGUCACUGACAUCCGUGUAGUUUUCAGCCGGCCCCAGCUGCCACGUGAGCUAGGGGCAGGAGGAGUGGGGAUAGGCGGGGGAGGCCGGAUUGAUGAAGACCCAAUGGUACCGUCCACGUCUCUGCCGGCAUACUUCUACGCGGUGGGGGACUUCCAGGUGGGCGGGAGGUGUAAGUGCAACGGGCACGCUUCACGCUGCCUCAAAGACAAGGAGGGCAAGCUGGUGUGCGACUGCAAGCACAACACGGAGGGGCCCGAGUGCGACCGCUGCAAGCCCUUUCACUACGACCGGCCAUGGCAAAGGGCCAGCGCUCGCGAGGCCAACGAGUGUCUACCGUGCAACUGCAACCUACACGCCCGGCGCUGCCGCUUCAACAUGGAGCUGUACAAGUUGUCGGGGAGGAAGAGCGGAGGCGUUUGCAUGAACUGUCGCCACAACACGGCCGGACGCCACUGCCACUACUGCAAGGAGGGCUUCUACCGGGAUAUGGCCAGGCCCAUCACACACCGCCGUGCCUGCAAAGCCUGUGACUGCCACCCGGUGGGUGCGGCAGGUAAGACAUGUAACCAGACGACAGGCCAGUGCCCCUGUAAGGACGGCGUGACGGGCAUCACAUGCAACCGCUGUGCAAAGGGCUACCAACAGAGCCGCUCACCUGUGGCCCCCUGCAUCAAGAUCCCAGUGGUGAACCCUACAGCCAUGGUCAGCAUCAGCACAGAGGAACCGGCAGCAGAUUGUGAAUCCUAUUGCAAACCAGUGAAAGGGAAUCUGAAGAUCAACAUGAAGAAAUACUGCAAGAAAGACUAUGCGGUGCAAGUCAACGUGCUGGACAUGGAGACGGUGGGCGACUGGGCCAAGUUCUCGGUCAACGUGGUCUCGGUCUACAAGAGCCGCGGCGAGCCACUCAAACGGGGCGACAACGUGCUAUGGAUCCAUAUGAAGGACCUGGCCUGCAAGUGUCCCAAAAUCCAGAUGAGCAAGCGCUUCCUGGUGAUGGGCACCAGCGAGACCGGGCCAGGGGGCCCUGGGGCCGGGGGGCCCGGGGCUGGACCAGGGGCUGCUGGGGCUGCUGCAGGAGCAGAGCGCGUAGGGCUCCUGGCCGAUAAGAACAGCCUGGUCAUCCAGUGGAGAGACGUUUGGACGCGGCGCCUCCGGAAGUUCCAGCGCAAAGAGAAGAAGGGCAAGUGCAGCAAAGCAUGAUGGGGGAGAGAGCAGCGCAUCCUCAGCCAACCCCCCCAUGACCCCACCCAUACUCCUACUCCUACCUCCCCACGACCCCUUCCUAGCUCUCGGCUAGUUCGCAGGAUAGAACACGACCCCCCUAACCCCCUAAAAACCCUGACUCCCCCCCCCCCCCCCCCCCAAAAAAAAAACGGGGUACACUGCACAUUACAGAGACUGCAUGUAUACUGCCUGUUUAAGGACCACUUUGUGUAUAUUGUAUAAUUAUUUCCUUUUUAUUUUCUGUUUUAAUCAUGGGACUGUGACUGUCUUUUUUCUAUUGGUCUGCCUUAAAAAGGGACCAUUAAAAAGGGUACGAAGUGUAGACGAGCGGAUACCAUUCCCUUUCUCGACAACGACAGCGAAAAUGUCCACACUCCCCCACACCCCUACCCUCUCCCAUUCCCCCUCCCCAUUCAGACUGCUUCAGUCCCCCCCCCCCCCUGCCACCAUGUUUUAGUGUUUUGAAGCUAUCAAAGCUCACAUUUCCCAUUCUAUUACCAGGAGUAUCCAUGGAGCUCAGAUAAUCAGAGAGAGAAACAGAUUUUUUAGUGUUGUAGCAAAGUGUCCCAUGCAGGGGAGAAGACAAACUGCACAACCUCAGUUCGUCUGCCUCCUCCACCCACUGUUUCACUGUCUCUAAACCCCAACCUUUCUCUACGCAACUGAGAUUACUGGCCUAGAGCGGCCAUUUUGUCUUGUACUCCUAUUCCGUAGGUAAGAUAUCUGUAGACAUGAACUCUCUGCAGUAGUAUCUCUGGACCAGAACCCACAACGGCUGCAUCCUCAUCCUCAGAGGAUCCUUCUAACCACAACAAAGGCUGUCCCCACAGGGGCGUUCUCCAAUGCAAACCUCACUUCUACCACCACUGCCAUUACAAUAUAUAUACACAACUUCAGACUGAGGCAUCUGCUACUCUAGUCUAGACUAUACAACUGUUGACAGUGACCCCACCGCUCACUCACUGGUUCUACUGCUCCAGUCAUAGACAGACAGUGGCACUGUUUGGACACUGGCAAACACUAAACCCUAAUAAUGUUUCUCUUUUAUUCUAUAUUCAUGUACUUCUGCUCUCAGAUUCCUAUACUUCUACAGACCCCACUGUCUCACUAUCUAAGUGAAGACCCCCCCACACAAGCCUUCUCACCACGAGCAGGAAAUGGAAUCAUGCAUUACUAUCUGACUCAUGUGAAGAAAAAGAAUAUUGAGCGGGACUCCAGCAGAGUGGAAAGUAGCCAGCUUCAGAACAGAACAAUGCCCUUGAUACUAGGGAAACUUUUGGGGGGAUAUUUUGCGUCAUGUCUUCCACUGUUUGUUGAUAGAAGGUCCUGCGGGUGUCAUUGUGUGACCGAUAUCAUUUGUUGGUUCAAUUCUAUUAUUUCUCUUGUCUUUUAAAUGUUUGCCACUUUCGACAAAGUGUCCAAUGACGGGCUAGUGAUCGCUUGCCGAAAGAAGAGCUCAAAAUAAAGAGUGCCAUUUCACGAAGAACAGACAAAGGUUGGAUUAAGCUCUACCUUUUCAACUGUAGUUUAUUGACAAACUGAAAGAGUCCGGAACGUUCUAGGCUACAUACACACUGCCUGAUUGUAUUAUGAUGCGAUAGUCUACUUCAAUCCUCAUGUCUUUGUAUGUUUGCAUGUUUGUGGUUUGGCUGGUCCGUCCGAUGCGAAGCGAAAAAUUUACAGUAAGCAGAGCAUGGAAUUAACAAAUGUUAACAUCACAAAUCCAGAGGAAACCUCCUUAGUCAUCUCCCCUCAUUGGCCUUGCCGACAUUUCCCUCUCUUCGUUGGCCAAUAAUGCAUCAGCCUGUUUCUAAAUUGAAUCAAGAAAAUGAGUAAAAUCAGGACAAAAACGAAACCACAAGGGAGCGUAUGUUUGCUCUCAAAGUUACUGUUUUGUCUUUGUCCUUAGUUCAUUUUAAAAGCGUAUUACGAUUGAUUUCAAAAAUAGAACAAUGUAAACACAUUGUGAAGGGGUAAUGCUAGCUAACUGUUAGCAUGCUGACAGUAAUGUCACGCUAGCGGUUGGUUGGCUGCAGUGCUAUGUUUGGUUUGUCACAUUUCCAAGCCCCUCAGAAGAGUGUCUCUCCCUCUCUUGUCAGGCCCCAGUUCCUUUCUGUUCUGCAACAUGUGCGUUUCUGUGUAUUAGAUACACUGCAUGUCCAAAAGUAUGUGGACACUAAUUUGAAGGGGCGACCACAUACUUUUGUAUAUGUAGUGUACGUGACAGUAGUGGGACAAAGGCAGCCAGCCACAGUCCUUCAGUGGUGAAGGUCUUGUUUUCAUUUGCUGAAAGAAUGUAUAUAAAUGAGAAAAUGUCAAAUGUAAAAACCGCUUAAAGACACAUGGUAUGAUUGUACUUACUUAUGAGAUUAUGUCGUUAAAGCUGAGAAUGUAGACCGAGCGUUGUCAUUCUAAAAAAAAGAAACGCUGAAUGGAUUUAGAAGUUGUUCACAUGAAGGUCUGUCUGGUUAGAUUGUAGGUUUUAUGUGUAACAGUUGUGGGUCCUCCCUCAUAUGCGUCAAUGUUUGCAUCAUACAGUAUUCAUUCAACAUGUCGCGUAGCACAGUGCUCUGAAAACCAAUCCAAAACCAAUCCAUGACCAAAGUGAACUAGGUUGUUUUCCAUACAUUUUGGUGUAAUAUGUAACCUUAUUUCUUAGAACAGCAAAGAGGUCAGACGGAACCACUAACAUUUCCGAGUAAAAGUAGCGUUUCCUUAGAGGAAUUCCCAGAGAUGGAAUUUCACAAAAAUGCAGAACCAAAUCGUCUGAUUAUUUAUGUAUUUGCGUCCAUGACGAGCUGUCAAACAGGUGGUCUUACAGUAGCCACCAUUUCUUGGCCUGGUAUGUGGGGAAAGCAUGGGCAGGUUUGAUGGAUGUCCAAGUUACGUGUCCAGAACCAACCCGCUUCCACGCAGGGUUAUACUGCACUGUCUACAGUGCCGAGUAGCUCAAGUGUGAACCUCAACACUUCAUAAUACUGUAUAGCCUGGUCCCAGAUCUGUUUGUGCUGUCUUGGCAACUCCUACAACUCCUAUGGUAAUUUUCCAGAGAAGUUGGCCAGACACCACAAACAGAUCUGGGACCAGGCUAUGAAUAAUAUCCAGCAAGACAAAAAAUCACUAUACUUUUUCUCCCUUUACCUCAGUCUCUAUUUUCUUCCUCUUUUAUCUGUGCCACCCUGAAUAUUGGACUACAGAUAACAAGCUUUACUAAACCCUGCAGAUGUUAUUUAGAAAUGUAAACGUACCCCUCGAAAGCAUUUUGUAGUCUUCCUAGGGCGAGCCACCCUGUUGCUUUACUUAACAAGCCCCACAGCUUGGCAGUGGAACCAGGAUCGUAACUUGCUCUCUUUGUUCCCCUCCCGCAGUAUUUAUAACGUCCACAGGUGAGAGAGAGAGAGAGAGAGAGAGAGAGAGAGAGAGAGAGAGAGAGAGAGAGAGAGAGAGAGAGAGAGAGAGAGAGACUUAUAAAGUAUAAACAUAAUGAGAUAUACACAAAUGGACGGUGAGGAAAAGUGAGCUAAGGUUAAGGGAGUUGAAGGAGAGAGUCUGCCAAUACUUUUUCUGUCAUUGUCUUUGUAAAGCCAGUAAGUAAGCCAGAGAGACAAGCUAAAUUAUUAUACGUAGAACAUUUUAAAUAUAUAUCAAAGCCCAAAAUGAUUGUAACAAUGACUGUAGACUUACUGCUGCCAGGUAUUAUGAAAUAUGUGAAAUCUUGCUCAAGAAAGCAUUGAAAGAGCAAAAUUCUAUGAAAUGUCUCCCCAUUUGCCAGAAGCCCCCUCCUGUCCUCAUGACAUUCUGGUCACAGAGUUACACUACAGAGCACCACUCACACAGACGAUGUCCACCUGCCUUCUGAGGGCCGAUGGGGUGUUGCCUUCCGCUCCAUGCACCCCCCCCCCCCUUCCUUCAUCACUCGUGUUAUUAUGAAGUCUUCCCUGUAUAUUUUCCUCUGAUGCAAUGACCACUGACUUUUUAAUCGUAAAAUGACAAAUAAAUUAUUAGUUAAUGAAAUUUGUGUAUCGUUUGUC